CUUUCCGAAUUUUAUAAAUUUUAUUUUAAAAUAAUAAAUUAACACUGUGAUAUUCAUUAUGUGGGUGCGUGUGCAUAAGAAAUAGAUACCUAGACCAUGGAUGUAAAAAUGCAGAUACCUGAGCUAAAAUGCUUGGAUCCAGAGAAUUACCGAAAAUAUUUUCGGGUACUGUGUUGGAGUGGUACCAGAAGAUCUGAAAAGAAGUUGCAAAAGAAAUUCAAUAAAAAGGAGAAAGCAAGGAGAGUGAAGGCAUCAAAUGCUCUGGCAGUCUGCUAUGCACCAGCAUUGCAUGGCAACCCUUCACAAUUUGCUGUGUACGCAACCGUCCGUAGAGCUAUUUUGGCUCGAUGUAGACAGCUCCAAAUUUCAAAUCAGGAAUUAUCAGAUGACAGCGAUUGUGAUGAUUUACCAUUAACUACCACAAUAACAAAACUACCUAAGAUUACUAGUAUUGGAUUGAAAACAGUCUUUGCAUUGAUAUCCCAAGCCCGUUUUACGGAUGCACAAUUCUGUGAGCAGUCAUUGAAGGCGUUGCUUGAUGUUUUACAAGGGCAUGCUCCGGAGGAAUUAGUUCAUGAACCCAGUGAAAUUAUAACCAAUCUCCAUGCGAUGCUUGUGGAAGUAUCAUGUGGAAGCAGUCCAAUGGGUAGAAGUGAGAUUCCAACAAACCUAACAGCAAUUAGUAGUUCAUGCUUAAUGGCAUUAUCUGUUGCCAGGGGAGAGGCUGAGCUCAUACUUAAUGCUGUCACUUCUCUCAUUAUGGUUUCUGCACCUCUUACUGAACAAUAUGUACAGAUACCAAUAAAUUUAACAGUCCUUCAAAGAAGUGUGCAAGCUGUCAUCCUAGGUCCACCGUCUCGGAACCUGUGGCUUAACUAUGGUGUGCCUCACAAGUCAUUAGUCACAAGUUUUCCUGUGGACCUUCCAUCUCCACUCACUGCUGGACCUGGGGAACUGGUGGUUCGGUCUCUAGUAUCCGAUGGCUGCUUCCUAUAUGUUUAUACAUCAAAGGGAUUGUUAAAAAUUGGCUCCGGAUACGGAAGCUCUAUACGACAACAUGUUUAUCUACAUAAGCCCGAUUUUUUUGCUAGUGAUCGACAUGGAUGGCUUGGGUAUUGUAAGAACAAGUUAUAUGUUAGGAUAGGAAGGAAGAAGACGGAGGUGUACGAAGUGGAAAAAGACUCAUUGGAAGUUAAGGGUGUUAUUCGGCUGGACCCCGGACAGCCAGCUCCUGUAGAGCCUAAGUCUGCUGUUUUUACUGACGGAAAUCAGUUAGGAUUAAUAUUAUUAACAAAUUUUGAUAGUCUUACAAUUAAAAUGUAUGAUGUGGAAAUAAACGGCAAUCGUUCUGAAGGUUCACAUACAUUAACAUCAAAGAGGGAAAUAAAUGUACACCUAUUGAGGAGGCAUACUUUGGUGUUAGGAAGGGCACCUUUUGAAGACGGCUUGUCCAGAAGAAUAAUGGACUUAGACGCACCUGUUGCUAUGCAGUUGGAUGACAAUGAUGAUGAUCCACUAAUAGGAAUAAGUGCUGGUCAAGAUUUUGGGCUAUUAACUACAACAUCGGGAAAGGUUUAUUACACAGGAAAAGGUACAAGUUUAGGAUACAAAGCGCCGACGCCGCAUACCGGUCGAUGGACGUUAAUGAAAGAAACAUUAUUCUCCAAAAACGAAGCACCUAACAUCAGAAAAUAUAAAGUCGUACAGGUGGCAGUGGGUCACGAGGGAGUGCACGCUAUACUGGUCCUAGACAAUGGCUCCGCGCUAUUCACCGGUAUAGCCCGACGCGGCGAAGACGGCGACGCCAACAAACAUAGACGAACACCCAAACCUACACGACCUAAGAAAAUACUCAAGGCGGAGGGACAUUUUGUGAUAUACGCAGCUUGCAACUACGGGUCGACCGCUCUUGUGACUCGACAAGGACAACUGCUUAUGUUCGGCAAAGACACACAGCACUGCGAUGCGACUGGCUUGGUCACUGGACUCAAACAUGAGAGAGUCAUUCAGGUGGCACUCGGCAAAGCACAUGCUGUUGCUUUAACAAACUACGGCCAAGUUUACUCAUUUGGAAUUAACAACAAAGGCCAGUGUGGCAGAGACUUUGGUUAUACUAAAGAAAAGGGGUACAUCCCCCGUCGUCUGAGUGCGCGGGACGAGGUCCGCCUCUGCCAGGGCGCGCACGCGUGGGCGGUGGACUACUGCCGCGUGUGCGUGUCAUGUCGCGAGUGCACGGGCUUCUCUAGCGCGUGUCAUUGUGCUAACUUGCCCAACCGGGUGCCUGGAGAGAAAUGCGGAUGCGGUGAAGGUGACAGCGGUUGCUCGUCGUGCGGCGUCUGUAGGCGAUGCGCCGAGGCGUCCACAUCCAGCCCCCGGCCUGAUCGCGAGUACGACGACGAUUCUGCUAGAUCCGACACUGCUAGCGAUAAAGACACCAAGUACACUCAGUAUGAAGGACACAGCUCCACAAUGGACGCUGAUCGCGAGUCGAGUCUCAAAGUGAGCUGUCUGCCGCCGGCGCGCGUCGCUGUGCCGGGCGGGCAUAGAGUGUCGGCUGUUGCGUGUGGGCUACAUCACACGGUGCUGCUCACUGAGCAUGGUGAAGUCCUAACAUUCGGCUCGAACCAAUACGGCGCGUUGGGCGCCGGAGACAUUUCAGCUCAUCACAGGAUAGUGCGGGUUCGAGUGCCGCGCGCGUUGGCCGUGGCCGCUGGAAGUAAUCAUACCGCUGUGCUGACUAGAGACGGCGAACUGUAUACCUUUGGAAGCUAUCAGAAGGGUUCCCUCGGCCGGCCACGUCUGGACGAGCCGCGUGCGGACCGAAGUCCGAUUUGGUACGCCACACCAGCGCGUGUCCCUCGUCUGGGACCGCGGUACGCGUGCAAGGCUGUCUGGGUGUCCGCCUCCGGAGACCAGACCUUCGUCCAGGUUUCACAGGCGCUUAUCAAGACUGACACGCUCUUCAGUUCCACCAUUACAGCGAAUAACAACUGUAUUGUUAUUCUUCCCAACCGACCAGAGCACACGUUUAAAUGUAUAACGAUAAACAAAAACGACGGCUCCUGUAAUGCUUGGACAGGGCCCGAGCAAGUCGACUUUGUAAAUACUUUAGCGUGCCUCGAUCCCCUAUACGACGUUCUAUGGUGCUACCAACCUCAGAUGAGGGUUAUGAAAUGCUUCAACAUACUAGCUUUCGACUUCCAUAAGCUACAACGAUGCAGCUCGAAUGACCCCGAAGCGUUCUCCGACGCAGAAUACGAGUACACGAAUUACGGUUGUAUGAAACGAUUGGAGGAUUUCCGCCAUAUUGAAAACUUCGAGUGGGUCAGCAAUACGGAUUGUAAAGAUACGGAGAACAUAGCUCUAUCGAAUACAUCGGUGUUGAACCAAGAACUAGCAAUACCCUGUACACCUGGCUGCUCUGUUACAAGAAUACAUGCGGCCUUACAUUUACUUGGAUGCUUGGAUUCUCUUACAUAUGCACAUGAUAAUAAGUUAUGCAUGGUGGAGUGCAAGCGAGACAACAACGUGAUGCCUGUUGUACCAGUGGUGGAGGAUUUCAUAACGGUGAACAGAUUUGAGAGCCACGGCGGAGGAUGGGGAUAUAGCGGACAUUCUGUCGAGGCGAUACGUUUCAUGUGCGACAGCGAUAUAUUGUUAGGUGGUAUCGGUCUGUUCGGUGGGCGAGGCGACUACACAGCGAAGGUCAAACUGUUCGAUAUCGGCCUCGACGGCGGUGAUCAGGAGGGCGACGGCGAAUUGAUCACCGAGAGCGAAGAGAUCGUGUACGAGUGCGCACCUAAAGACAAAUACCCGGUGCUGUUUGAGAAUCCUGUUGCGAUCAAGGCAAACAGAUGGUACGUAGCAUGGGCGUGUAUCAACGGGCCAUCAUCUGAUUGCGGCUCCUCAGGACAAGCGAUGGUUAUAAACGACGAAGUCGGUUUCCACUUCAAAACGUCCAAGAAAUCUAACAACGGGACUGAUGUAAACGCUGGGCAGAUUCCAUGCCUGUUAUACAACAUUAUAAGCCCAGACAACUUACUACCAGUCAGACACUUGGAUCCAGGCGAACCAGUCAUAGCGUUAUCCAAGAAUAUAUCCAGGAAAGUCACCGUUACAUGCUUUCGAUCCCUCAUAACUUUAUUGCAGUGGAGCUACAAAUCAUUCAAGGAGAUAUUAUUGAAUUCGAACGGACAAAUUCCUAUAAACUAUCAGAAGUUGACGACAAUGAAACACCAGAAACGACUAGUAUACAUUAUAAGAGCAUGUUUGAGGCUAGUCAAGUCCUACAUCAACGAAAUAUACCCAGAGAGUGUGAAGAAGAAGAAUUCCCCAGAAUACAUGUCGUACUUCGAAGCGAUUGCUGACGUCAGGAAUUUUAUUCAAAGUGUCAUGGCGGAUCAAUUGCCUACUUGUUCUAUGUUACCUCGAAGACCGGGCCGAAGCAAGUCGCAUAGAGUAUGCUACGUUCAAUUUGCUCUGGAAUUGGCCAACUCGAUACUAACAGAAGCGCACGAAACUAUAACGUCGUGUUUUUACGCGUUCUUUCCGACGCCCAUAUUGAAGUGGAAUCAUCUAUGUUUUCUGUUAUAUCACGUUAAGGAUGGUGUAGUACCGUCGAGUCAGAUCCGCGAGCUGACAUCAACUUGCGCCGCGCUCUGUAUAUCGCAGAGUCUGCGUGAUGUACUUCAGUAUGUAGUGCCGCUAACACAGAGCCGGACUUCGACGACAGAGCCGAGACGACCUGACUCCAAGGUACCAAAAGAUGUACCUAGUAAAUCUGCAACAGUUCCUAGAGCUUCGCACGCGCAGAAGCCACCUCCAGUGCCACCCAGGGCCAACAAUAGAGAAACGCCCAAGUUGCCAGAAACAGAGGAAUCAAACUCGAGUUACCUAGACUGGCAUUUGCUCGAUGUGGUGCCGAAAAUAUUGGACGUGGUGCUCGUACCGAUUAAAGAACAGAUGAUGACAAGACAGUGUGGCCAACCUCACGAUCACGGGGAGAUCAAACAGCAGCAGCGGCUAGCCGAGUUCUGUUGUAAACUGACGUCGCGGCUAAUAGCUGAGAUGUCUUUCAGUGCGCUGCACGUUAGAGACGAUUCCGACACCAAGGUGGUGAAACACUAUAUAACACCAUCACGAUUUAUGAGAGUUAACCAGACCCGCUCGUGGAACACGGGCAACGGCAGUCCUGACGCUAUAUGUUUCACUGUCGACCGGCCCGGUGUCGUCUUGUUAGGAGCUUGCGUCUACGGCGGUAUGGGCAACUAUGACUAUACGUUGGAACUCCUACAUGAUGUGCGGCUUCGAAGUGCCUCUGAGGAACCAAAUCCAGCGCACUGCUGGGUUAGUUUGGAGGUAGUUCAGGGUUCCUUCGCAGCGUCCGACUGUCAACAUGAUAUGAUACAAAUUAAGUUCGAGAGACCCGUCGUACUAAAGGAGGACCUCAGAUACGCCCUACGUCUAUGCAACCAAGGUGGUCGCACCACAAACGGAGACUGUGGUCUGCCAACUGUCAAGGGUCCUGAUGGUACCACUUUCCACUUUGCUUCGUGUUCACUAAGCUUCAAUGGUACCACUCUCGCUAGGGGGCAGUUACCAUGUCUUAUUUAUUACAGUACAACAAAACCUCUACUGAACAUAAUGGAGAGUACGGACUCAUUGAUGGUAGCACUUCGUGACGUCACUCUACGGGUAGCGACCGUCAUAAUCGACAGAUCCGUUGAGCUGUUCUGCAGUUUACGUAACGAGCUAACAGCUGAAGAUCUCAGGAGAAAUGCAACGGUGCUACAACAGUCCCCUGCUGUGAACACGCUGCUGCCUUUCGUACUUGCCAAUCUAGAAGGGCUGGAUGAUUCAAAAAGUGUAAUACAAUUACUGGAGAUGGUACGCAAGCUGCUUCCACACGUUGCCGCCAUGAAUUUGCUGGUGCCGAGCACGGAUGAGAUCGCCACUACCACCACCACACAUUACUACACGUGGUUGGAGAGCGAACAUCCGUAUAAACAGGCGACCGUUACGAACAUGAGGGUCCUCUUCCCGCCGCAAGUAUCCUGGAUAGUCCUGGAGAUGGAUCCUCGCAGCAUCACGGCUCAACCUGAAGAUACACUCACCAUUUACGCGGUGGCCGGCGCCCCCAAACACAGGUGUCACUGCGCCGCCGACAAUCGCGUAUCCGACCCGCCCUUCCGCAAGCGUCUAAUACAACUGACAUCUGAGACUGGCGAAGCAGAGGAUUUAGACGACACGGGUUCGGACGCGCCGUGUAUGCACUACAACUGCACUUACGUCAGUGUCACACCCAAGCUGUCUAAUGCAGCAUCUGAUUGGCCACAAAAGUCUCUACUAGUUCCCGGUAAUGAAGUGAUAUUUUCACUUGAAACAGCUACGGAUUACUUGAAUGAAUACAGUAAGGGGAACAACGACGACAACCGCUUCGGUUUCCGCUGCCUGUGCGUCGGGUAUGAGGAUGCGCCGUUCACCUCCCAACGCCAGGGUCUAGUGGCUUUGGAGAUGGAGCUGGUAUACAUGGGCGCCGCCUGCUCAUCCCGACUCCUCGCACCAGAUCUGGACAUACCUCCGCUCACUUACCCUACAAUCAUGGAAGUCCAACUGCUGGCGAUAUCGGCUGGUAACACUGGCCCUGGGAGCUCUGACGGUGACGAUGAGAGCGAGGCGCUUCUUCUAAGUAGAGGCCUCCAUCUGUCCUCUCCGCCGACUGUACAUCAUGUGCUUGAGGGACUGCCGUUAUUGCGAUGCGUAUCCACGGAGCGUCAGUUCCUGACGGACUUCGUAGCGGGUGCUGAGAGCACGGCUGGCGGUCGUCUCGCGCGGUGGCUGGCUCCGACCUCCAGGGUAGAGCCUUCCAAGUGCGAGCUGAAGGCCCCGCAGACCCCCGUUCGUCCGGCCACCAGGAUCAGUCUGCCGGUCCUCAUAAGAGAUCAGUAUGGAGAGGUGGUGGCGUCUCCGGCGCUGAAGGUUGAGAUGGUGGUACAGAGACAGGAAGACAAGAGUUCUAGACAAAGCAACUGCGUGUCGGAGCACAAGUGCAAUUUCCCUAACGUGUCUUAUCAGCCCACCGUGAGAGACACCAUGCGCUUUCACGCCAUAACCAUGAUGAAGGUGUUCCAAAACUACUCCUUCGAGGAGUUACGUGUAGCGAGCGGUGCGUGGGGCGGGUCCAUGCGCGCUGCAGCCGACGCCGCAAACAACGGGCGCGUGCCCGUCGAGCGUAUAGCCGUGCGGGCGCUAGCCGACGGCUCAUACGUGGCCAGCUGGCUGCCCACCGUACCCGGGACUUAUAUCUUCCGCUGUACCUUCGAUGACCAGCCAGCACCUCAGGAAAUAACAGUGGAGGUAGCAGAGAAUACCAACGAAGAGCUGCCUAUCGAGCGUCUACCAGGGCCGCAGGCGCCAGUCGCUACAUCUAAGCUGAGGCGAUUCACUGCGCGGUAUAGCGCUGGCUUGAGAGUGCGCGCCAGCCCGAGUCUACAAGCGGAGGAGUUAGGACGAGUGCCUCCGGGUGCUUAUAUCGCUUUUGUAGAAGAGCUGCUAAACAAGGACGGGACGUGGGUGCGUCUUAGCGCGGAGUCGGUUCAGGCGUACGCGGAGAGCUGUACGGGCGUCGCCUGGUGUCUGCAGUACCAUAGACAUCUGGAGCGGACGCUAUUGGUACCUGUUGAUGAUGAAGUGUCGCCCCAGGAGGAAUAUGCAGCAUGCCUGAGUGGAUACCGCGAGUCACAGUCGGAUAUGACGUUGUGGCCGAAGGAUGAAGACCUCGAUUCUAUUAAUAAUGGCGCGGGCUCAGACGAUCAACGAUUUCCCUUCUCUGCUCAGAGUGACAUUACUAAUGAUAGCGACAGUGGGACUAGUCAAUUCAUGUAUGGCGCAGAACCGAGUAAAAGGGGCAGGUUCAUACACAACGAGUCGUCUGUCAGUCCCAGACGAACUCCCAGACGAAGCAACGGAAACAGCGACGAGUGGUGGUCGCCCGUCAAACACAGGUCCAGCGACAACGUACACGAUGUCAACUCGCUACAAGAGACGGAGAUAAUAGAGUCAGAGGCGGAGUGUCGGGCGAAAGGUCUCUCUCAGACCGGUACGCAGACAUCGCCGGAUCCCGUGCAGCCAGUCGCCACCGGUCAGCAGUUCUGUAUUGGACAGAAGGAUGACAACUCUACCAAGCGCAUCGUCCGCGAGCGCACGCGCAGUCGCUACAGACGCAGUUCGCCGCCGCCGCUGCCCGCGCGUCAUGCGCAUGCGCCGCGCAAGCACGCACUAAGCCCCGCCCAGGCCGAGUGUCUCAGGGCCAUAUUUGCUGCGCUGUUGUGGCAUGAAGGCAUCGUCCACGACGCAAUAGCGUGCGCGGCGUUCCUCAAGUUUCAUCCGCAGCUGCCGAAGUGGGGGGCGCGGGUGGUGACGCGAGCGAGCCACGACAUGCCGCCGCCUAGACCACAGAGGCAUUCCGUUGAAGUAUCUAAUGCCGGCCAAUACCUGCACAUUCAUCCAUCCACACUAGAAACCCUCACUCGAUCUGGCAGCGAAGCUUACUCGAGUCGGAUGCGGAAAACAGACUUAGAUGUCGCUAUUAGAGAAGAGGAUUCUGCGCACUCUACCGAAACAGCGGCUUCAACUCCAUCCGUUGUAAAUGUUCUACCUCCGGCUUUGAGAGCUCUUGUGGCCCUAUGGGACGCUCUUUACGAUUCCGAUCAACUAAAUCCUGCGACGGACAAAUUGAAAAGGGGAGCUUUAGAAAACAACGAAAACGACGAAGCGAAACCAGUCAGUGGAGUUCGUAAAACAAAAGAAUGGAAACAUGGGAAAACGCCAUAUUCAGUGAGCUGCGAGCUAUGCGGUGGCGCUAGCGUCCCGCCCCCAUUGGCAGCGCAUAUGCGUCACCUACACCCAGGGUGCCGCGCGCCUACCGCCCGCGGUUACGACCGCGCGGGUGCGUAUAAGCGUGCGGACACCGCGAGCAAUAACGACGCGCCUGCGUCUGCGUGCGGACAGCUCGCGCAAGACCUUAUCGGUGUGAAAAUACCAGCUACGUUGGCAGCGUACCAGUUGUGGUACAUUUACUGUGAGAAGUGUCGGGAGAAGGCGUUGAAAGCGAGCUCGAGUGCGAAGCAGCGUGCGAAGACUGUGAGCGAGGGAUACGAGAGAGAAGAGAGGGAGAUGCCCGAUGUGGACCACUACACCAUGAGAGACAACGCUGUCUUCUUGUUGGAUUUGGCGCCGCUUACUAACUCGGAAUCAAUGAACGUAUCGCCAUGGCAUGAAGUGGCGGGUCGGAGUCCACCGACGCCCCCUGGCAGCGUGUGGCAGCCUGCGCCGCCAUUCCAAUGUCUGCCCGCACUCGGCGCCGCCCCCAAAACGACCACGGACAAAGACAUCACCGCCAGAUACCAUUCUUUAGGACGCCAACUGCCAGCCGCGUCGCUGGGCACCCCGUUCGCCCCUCACGAAGCCUCCGCUACGGUGUCGCGUGUCCAUCGCUCUGUGUCCAUGGGGCAGGCGGGUGGGCGUGACCUCGCGCACGCAGCGAGACCGCCCACCGCACGCGAGCCGGACGCACAGGAUACGCUCACAGGAGCUGGUUCAACGCUGCUAACACAGCCCAGUGCGGCGCUACAGAAGUUAGUCGGCUGUGAAUGUCCUACUGAGCCCUGCGGCGUAUCCGCCUUUGAACCGCCCAUUAUUGACGUAGAUACAUUGAUACAAAGUCCCGUCCUAUCUUUCAUACUGGCGAAACGCGAUUUGCCGUCGCACCAGCAGAAAAUGGAUGCUGCAGUUAGAAUAAAUACGGUCAGGCAGUAUGCAUUUGAGGCUUUGAACUGGUUGCUGCGUUCGACGACGCAACCUACGAGCGUACACGACGUCAUGUGGUGGUUUUGCAACGCUCUGGACAAGUACGCACGGAUGUUGCCCCCUUCGGCUUCUUAUGCUGAUAACAAGGAGAACAUAGUAAACGAAGGUGCUCGCGCGCUAUGUCCGACCGCGUCAGUGUCGGCUAUAUGUCCCGGAGGGCGCUCCGCGAGGGGCGCCCGCGCCGCCUUCCACUCUUUCCUGGGCUCCGUCAGCGCAUUAGCUCCGUCCCUGCCACCCGCCAGCCCCGCCAACUUACAAGCUGUUAGAUGUUGGGCUCUGCAUUACUCGCAACACGACAGAGCUUUCUUACACAGAUCGCAAGUGUUCAGCGUCAUCAGCAAGAUUCUGUCGCACGCCGAGGACGGGGCGUACGAUGAUGUGGUCGGAGCGCUACACGAGAGCUACCACAGUUACGUGAAUAAGCAAAACUUCAUCUGGAGCUGUCCCGACGUAACCGGUUGGUGCGACAUAAGCGUAUCCUCGCGGCAGGGUAUGGCGGGCGCGCUAACUGACGGCAGUACCGAGACAUUCUGGGAGUCAGGCGAUGAAGACAGGAACAGAGCGAAGUGGGUCCAGAUAUCUUACCCCAGCGGCUCGCAGGACGAAAGGCCGCAUAUUGUAUGCAUACACGUGGAUAACACGAGAGAUACCGUGAACAAGACUCUUCUAAUGUCGUUCCUGUUCAGUGGAGGCACAAACGAAAUGUAUCACAUGCAAGACAUGGAGGUCGAUCCUAAAUCUGCUACAUGGGUCUGCUACACAUUACCAAGAACAUCAAGCUCAUCAGUGCGCGUGCGCUGCGAAGUCCGCGGUCCUGAAGCGGCGGUACGCGUACGCCAAGUGCGUGUGCUAGGCGCGCCCGCCGCGACGCACGCAUCUAACACCGCGCACGCGCUACACUCGCUUGCUGAGAGGGACACGCUGAGAGUGUUCAGGCUGUUGACUUCGCAGGUGUUUGGAAAACUACUGGAAUGGGAACAGAGCGGUAGUGAGUCCGGCCAGGAAGGUAACAUCGCCGAGGAGGCGGCCGUUGAUGACAGCGACUUACGAGAACACGUCGUCGGCAUAUUGUUCGCCGGACAUAAACUCACGUCGUUGCAGAGACAGGUGAUGUCGCACAUAGUGUGCGCGAUAGGUUGCGAAGCGGCGCGCGUUCGGGACGACUGGGAGACGGCGCUGCUAUGCGCCGAGGCGGAGAGAACGCACGAAGAGGAGUCCCCGCCCAGACCGGCCGCUACGCACCAGCAGGACAACUAUUGCUUUGAGAUGCUGUCACUGUUGCUGGCGCUAAGCGGCAGUGCGGUGGGUAGAGCACAUCUCGCGCAACGCACAGAACUACUCAACGAUCUGCUUGCCCUUCUACACACUGGCAGCGAAAGAGUACAGAGACAGGUAAUAUCAUUACUGCGAAGAAUGAUAACCGAAAUACCGCCGCAGAAAAUGCUAGCGGCUCUCAACCAAGGAGGGGAUUUGAGUACAAGGGUUACUCUCCUAGACCAUCUAGUUACCUACCUGGGUAAGGCAAUUACCGUCCAAGUCAAAGUAAAGGGUGCGGGCGGUAGUGCCAAUCCUGGUACCGUGAUGAUGGGAUCUAGCGUCGCGCCUACGCCACCUGCCUCUUGGUUCAUGCGAGGCGAAACCACAAAGAAACACUCGCAUCUCGUCGCGAAAUUGGUGUCUGAUAUGGCCGAGGAUAAAGUAUCAUCCGCGUGGGGUGCGGAGACGCGCACCGCGCUCGCUCAGUACGUGAGUGCGGUCGCGCACGUAGAGGAGUGCGAGCGCCGACCCGCUCGGUGCGUCGCGUCGCCAACCGUGUGGCUCGCGCUAGCGGCCCUGUGCGUGUGCGAGCACGAACAUAUUGAGCUCAUAAACGGCACGGGCGACGGUCGUGAGAACAAACGAGACGGCGCUGCGGAGACGCGGCCGCACUGCGCCAAUCACGACGACGGAUCCACCAUAGCUGUCAUAGAGUGUCGGUCUUGCGGCCCGCUCUGUGCGGAGUGUGACCGCUUCCUGCAUCUGAAUAGAGCAGCUCGCACCCAUCAUAGACAGAUAUGUAAAGAAGAAGAGAGCGCUAUUCGCAUAGACAUACACGAAGGAUGCGGGCGGGCUAAACUAUUCUGGCUGCUACUGUUGGUCGAUAGGCGUACUCUGAAGGCUCUGAUCGAGUUUAGAGGCAUGGAGUCCGGCGUGUGUGAAGCUAGUGAGAACACUACUACAGCACUGACUGGACUAGCGGGCACUUGUCGCUUCUGCGGCGCUCGGGGUAAUACAGGACUGUUGGCUAUUGGAAACGUCUGUGCAGACCAACAGUGUCAAGAGCACGGUCGCGAAGCGUGCGCUCGCGUGCUAACCUGUGGUCACGUGUGCGGCGGCGUACGUGGCGAGCGGGCGUGUCUGCCGUGCUUGUUCGGCUGCGGCGCAGACUCGCUGCGGCAGGACGCCGACGAUAUGUGCAUGAUCUGCUUCACCGACCCGCUACAAGCGGCUCCUGCUAUACAGCUAAGCUGCGGUCACGUUUUCCACUUACAUUGCUGCAAGAAAGUUCUGGCCAACAAAUGGAUUGGACCUCGAAUCACUUUCUCUUUCGCACAGUGUCCCAUUUGCAAGGAGGACAUGACACACUGGACAUUGGAGGAACUGCUCGCACCUAUAAGACGUCUGCGGGAGGAAGUGAGACGGAAGGCGUUAAUGCGGCUCGAGUAUGAAGGGCUGGCGGGUGGGACGCGCGCGCGCACGUUACCCGACCCAGCCACGUAUGCCAUGGAGCGAUACGCUUACUACGUCUGUCAUAAGUGCGGCAAGGCGUACUUCGGUGGUCUAGCUCGGUGCGAAGCUGAGAGUAGCGGUUGGUGGGAGCCCGCGGAGCUGGUUUGCGGCGCGUGCAGCGACGUCGCCGGCGCCCGCACCUGCCCCAAACACGGCGCCGACUUCCUCGAGUACAAGUGCCGGUAUUGCUGCUCGGUGGCUGUUUUCUUCUGCUUCGGAACGUCUCACUUUUGCAAUGCUUGCCACGACGACUUCCAAAGAGUCACCAAUAUACCGAGACACCUGUUACCUCAAUGUCCAGCAGGUCCCAAAGGUGAGCAACUACCCGGUUCUUCAGACGAGUGUCCGUUGCACGUGCAACAUCCGCCAACAGGCGAGGAAUUCGCUCUCGGAUGCGGCGUGUGUAGACACGCGCACGCAUUUUAACGUACACGUCGCCAGUAAUGCGUACACAUGAAUAUCGAUUUUGACACUAAAUAUCAACGAUUCUUUUAUCAAUAACUGAUCGUGUUUAAACUAGCAUCAAUAAAAUACUCGAUUCGCAUCAAAUAAUGAUGGAAACAUAAAUAAAUCUGAAUAAACAUUAUUUAUUUAAAGAGUAUUUAUUAGACGUGCAUUCGGUAUUUUUUGAUGGACGAUUUAAUAUAAUAUCCGAUAAUUGUGAACUCGAAACACUAUUUUUGUAAUGGUGCUUAUAAAUGUAGUGACAAAAACCUAGCUGCUAAAACUGUGGGGGAUAGUAUGAUAUUAGAAAUUUCUUAUGCCAAAACAUUUAUUUUAACAGUCACCUAAUCAGUGAAGUAAAUGUGUUAAUGCUUAAAUAUGGUUUGCUAACGAGUAACGUGCAUACAUAAGUAACUUAAAGUCUUUGUUGCGGAUUCUUCUCUUUGUAGAACCGUAAAUCGUAAUGUUAUGAAAAAGUACUAUCUUACCAAACAAUAGGUGCUUAAUGAAUGAAAACAACGAUACAACGAUAAAUGCUUCAUGCUAAUUUGUGCUUAGCUUAUAGGAGUUGUUAGAAUGAAUAGAAAAAUCUUUGCUCGAAAUGCCAAAUGCGAAACAUCAAAACAAGCCAUGAGUUACAUAGAUUGUGUUAGCUGCUGAUGCUAAAAAAUAUUAUAUUGU